UCACCACUUUUUCAGUAGUGUGAUUUCCAGCAAACAAGCAUGGCCGACAACUGAUUAUUAGCACGAUAUUCCCGAUAUAAUUAUGGUUUUUCUAACUCCACUAAACCUUGCAAGGUCAAGAGGACCGGAUAGAGCAUGGAGAAAACGGAUGUAUUUACGGAUGUCAUGGCUGUAUUACGGGAGAAAGAGACAGUGCUUUUCCAUUGCUGUUAGAUCUGUAAGGAAAGCUAUGAUGUACUCGACAAACUCAAGAUAUAAAAAAAGAAAAGUAAUAAGCAAGAUAUGGAGAAUGAGGAUAGGAGCUGCGUGUGGAGAACACAGCCUUGAUUAUUCUACCUUUAUGAACACACUGGCCGAGUCGAAUAUAGCAUUGAACAGAAAGGUUUUAGCAGAUCUUGCCAUUUAUGAGCCGAGGACAUUUCAGAGUCUCACGGUAUUUGUGAAACAAAGAGUGGAAGAAAUGGGACUAACAGAUGCUCUUAAGCCGCGAACAGAACGUGUGUUGACACGGGCAAUGCUGGACCUCCCUAAAUCGUGUGUCUAGGCAGGGUUAAUUCUUCUGUGUGUUUGAACAAGAAACAAUAUGUCACAUUGACAUUGUAUAUACAUAGCAAAUGUGUGGACUUCAUCUGACUGAUUGAUGGUUGAUAUUGUGAUUAAAGUUGUUUGUUGUAAUG